AUGAGACACGAGACCGCAGACUUCCCAUCCGAAGAAGGCAGAAAUAUACCAUAUGUGGUAUUGUCUACAUCUACGUCAUCUCAGACCUUGCCCAGAGACCCCAAUAAGCUCCGCGUCUGGAUCCAAGGGUCAACUCAUGGAGAUGAGCCUGCAAGCGAGCAAUCGAUUCUAGCGUUUCUCGGAAGCCUCGAUGCGAACCACAGUCGGGCACUGUCACUCCUGCAGAAGUUGGACAUUCUGAUACUGCCACGAUACAAUCCCGACGGCGUCGCGUACUUCCAACGCCGCUUCGCCACCAAUUUCGACCCAGCACGAGACCACAUCAAGUUGCGGUCGGAGCAGACACGGCAUACGAAGUCGCUUUUCAAUGCAUUUGCUCCCCACGUCGCAGUUGACAUGCACGAAUUCAGCGCAAAGGCGCGGUAUGCGGAACGGUAUGUUCGCGUUCUAGAUGGUCAGUUUGCCGUGGGGAAGAACCUCAACAUCCACCCGGAUAUCCGCCGUCUGUCGGAGGAUAUCUUUGCACACAGCAUCGGAGCCGCGUUGGAGGCUGUAGGCCUGCGCUGCGCACCUUAUUCGACGGGCCGGAGAAAUGCUACCGACGAUGGACGUUUGAGUUUCAGUGAAGCUGGUGGCGAGGGAUGCAUAGCUCGCAAUGCGUGGGGGCUGACUCAAGCCGUCGCCAUCCUCUGUGAGACCCGGGGGAUAGGCAUCGCGGACCAACAUUUUGCGCGAAGGACAUUCACAGGAUUGACAAUGUUAGACGCCGUAGUCUCAACCGCUGCGCAACGCGCUGAUGAGGUCUGGUCGAAGGUGCAUCUUGCGAGACAAGCUUUCAUCGACAGUCGCGAAGAUAUUGUCGUUACUGACGCUCCGAAGAUUAUCAAAUGCAGCUGGCCAUUCGUCGAUCUUCACGGAGGUAGGCUGGUCGAAGUGCCCUCUAUUGUGAAGAGCAGCACGCCACUGAGCCCGAAGUUGACACGGGCCAGACCACGGGCGUACCUGAUACCAAAGGCAUGGUCUGAACUGAUCCCCCGCCUGUUAGUGAAUGGUAUCGAUGUAACAACACUGGAGCAGGCAUUUCGCGACGAGGUCGAGGUAUUACAGAUCACUUCCGUUGAAUUCGAGAACGAGUAUCACGAAGGCGCUGUCCGCGCAAAGGUGAAAACAAAGCUGCUGAGGAAGGUCAUUCAAUUACCGGUUGGAAGCUUUCAGGUUAGCACGGUGCAAAAAAUGGCCGCUCUGGCCUUCAUAGCACUCGAACCUGAGGGUGUGGACAGUUUCGCCACGAUGAACAUUGUGCCGCUUGUGCCAGGGGAUGACUAUCCGAUCUUUCGAGUGUUGUGGAAAUGA